UCGCGGCAGCUCUUGAUACUUCCCCACACCGCUUCCAAGAAGCCGACCCGGCUAUUCAGUCAGCAGGAGCAGCAGCGGCAGCAGCAUGAACGCGCAGAGAUUCGUCGUGGUUGCCGCUCUCCUUAGCUCCGUGCUGGGCGUGUCCCGGGCAGCGCCUUUCCUGGGAUACAGUCUAGGCGGCCUCAGUCCCGGUUUGGCGGUAGGCACCGCAGGCUCAUCGGGCGCACCCAUAGCCGUCGCCUCUUCUCCCGUCUCCAUCGUGUCCGAGGCAAAGUCUACGAACGUGGGGCCCGUGUACAGCGCACCCUACGGCUACGUACCACGCGUGGCGUACGCGGCGCCCCUGCACGUGGUCGGAUACCACACACCAUACGUGGCAGCGCCUGGAUUAGUACACGCAGUCGGCCUCGGAGUAGACCGCUACGGAUACGGCGUGCACACGGUCGGGGUAGGCUACGGCACCGGCUACCACAUCUAGGCCUCCUGAACCACGUGAUUGAUUGGACAAACGACAAACACCACGCAAAAGCAGACUACAGUGACUGAGAUUUUGAGAUUCUCCUGAACCAAUUGCAAGCUCUCGACGUAGCCUCCCAUUGCGAGAAUAAAACAUCUUUAACGCAUCGACUUAAUAAUAAACAUUUGUUCCAU